AUGUCCGGUCGCGGAAAGGGUGGCAAGGGCCUCGGCAAGGGCGGCGCCAAGCGUCACCGCAAGGUUCUUCGUGACAACAUCCAGGGUAUCACCAAGCCCGCUAUCCGCCGUCUCGCCCGUCGUGGUGGUGUCAAGCGUAUCUCGGGCCUCAUCUACGAGGAGACGCGUGGCGUCCUCAAGAUCUUCCUCGAGAACGUCAUCCGUGACUCGGUCACGUACACUGAGCACGCCAAGCGCAAGACCGUCACCUCGCUCGACGUUGUCUACGCUCUUAAGCGCCAGGGCCGCACCCUCUACGGUUUCGGCGCCUAA